AUGGAACCAAUGUAUCCUGAAGUCCACUGGCAGGUUCAAGAACACGACGAGCUCCUCGACGUCGUCGACAGCUUGAGAUCUCAGGGCGUUCAACACUACAUCGAUCUCCCUCAGCUGAUUGUCUGCGGGGAUCAGAGUGCUGGAAAGUCGAGUGUCUUAGAGGCCAUCUCGGGAGGUCUCCGCUUUCCUACUAGAGAUACCUUGUGCACUCGAUUCGCCACCGAGCUCAUCCUGAGAAGAGGUCCAACUUCACAAACCAGGAUUUCGAUCAUUCCGGAUGGAGACCGCCCGAAGACGGAGCAAGACGCUCUGGCAGGAUUCGUACCGCCAAUAACGAACCUGGAUCAAUUUCCGGCAAUCAUUGAUGCUGCAGCCACGGCCAUGGGAAUAGAUCCCGACCGAAAAACUUUCAGCAAAGAUACUCUGAGGGUAGAGCUCUCUGGACCUACUCAGCCUCAUCUUAUACUUGUUGAUCUGCCCGGACUUUACCACGCUGGCGACGAACACCAGUCCACCGCUGACGCGGAAGUCAUUCGCAAGCUCGUGAAGAGCUACAUGGGAAAGCAGAGGAGUAUCAUUCUCGCCGUUGUCUCGGCCCAAAAUAUCCUUCCCAUGCAAGUGGUGACAGAGUAUGCAAAAGAGCAGGACCCCCUUGGCGAACGUACUCUAGGUAUCAUUACGAAGCCAGAUACACUCGAAGCAGGCUCUGCCAAGCAAAGCGAUUAUCAAGAACUUGUGCGGAGGGAUGAUGGCAAGUUCAAACUCGGUUGGCACAUGUUGAGAAACCGCGAUUACAGCACCAGGGGCUGCUCUACCGCAGAGAGAGAUCAGGCAGAGGAAGACUUUUUCAAACAAGAAGACUGGAAAGCAUUGCCCAAGGGAAGGGUUGGCAUCCAGAGCCUCAGAACACGGCUAAGCAAAAUCCUCCUCUCACACAUAUCUAAGGAGCUUCCUGAAAUACUGCGCGAAGUUGAAAGUGGAAUUUUGAAAUGCGAGGAAGGACUCAAGGAACUUGGAUCAUCCAGGGAUACAAUCGCUCUACAACGCAAAUAUCUGCGUGACGCAAGCAAGAAGUUCAGCGACCUCAUGAAGGACUCUAUCGGUGGAGACUAUUCUGACCCCUUCUUUGAUCCUCGAAAUGAAGAAGGUUACAAGAGACGACUUCGGGCAGUUAUCCAGAACAUCAUGAGUGGAUUCGCCGAGGAAAUGCGAUUGAGGGGCCAUUCUGUGCGCCUGGUGGACAGUAAACCAGAUCAUCAUGGCCCAGAUGGCACCGAUAACCCCCAGGUCAGAACACGCGACGAAUUUCUGGAGUAUGUCAAGCAUCGAAUGAGGAUAAAUCGUGGAACGGAGCUGCCAGGAAUCUUCAAUCCCAGCGUCAUCGGUGAGCUCUUCCGCGACCAGUCCAAGGGUUGGGAGGCAAUUGUCCACCGCGCCCGAAAGAAACUGAUGGAUGCCACGGAAGACACGAUCACUCGUGCGCUUGGGCAUGUCACUGACCAGAGCACCGCAUAUGCCAUCCAGCUAUACCUCAUCCAGUCGAGACUGGGGACUAUUGGCGAAGGGUUUCACAAGAAAACGGACGAAGUGCUCACACCCCACAAAAAGGGCCAUCCUGCAACGCUCAAUCAUUAUUUCAUCGAGAAUCUGCAGAAGAAGCGACGGCAGGAGUCGCGGAAAUUGAUGGCUGAAAAGCUUGCCAACUUUUUUGGGAAGGGCCCUGAAGGAGAGGGUGGUUCUGACCAGUUCUACGAGGGACAAUUCAACAUGAGAGCCCUCCUUGACUCCCUCGUGAUGCAGACAGAAGUUGAUUUCGAGCGAUUCGCCUGCAUCGAAGCCACAAAUGCAAUGGAGGCAUACUACAAGGUUGCACUGAAAUCCGUCAUUGAUUCAUUCAACACGUAUGCCGUCGAGGGAGCCCUGAUGAAGGAGCUGCCCAAUAUUCUCGCCGCUGAAGUGGUGGACAAACUGGACGACGAGGCGGUGAGGAAAGUCGCGGCUGAGUCGGCCGAAUCGAUUGCUCAGCGAGCCGAACUGGAACAAAAGCAUUCGACCCUUCAACAAUCACUGAAAACACUGCAAAGACUGAAGAUCGCAAAGAUCUCUGACCCUAUUUCGGAGCCAAAUGCCAUCAACUCAAUUGGUCCAGAAGCCAGCAGCGCCGCAGUCAGCACCGUAUCCGUGGAACCGGACAGUCCCAGGCAGCGGGCCAGGGCAUCCAGUACGGCCUUGACCUCCCCUGAUUCUGCCAUCGGCUUGGGCGAUGAGGAAGACGACGAAAACAUUAGCAAACCCACUGAGGACUUUCGUCGAUCGUAUACCUCUCCACGACGGUACGUGACGUCAACGGGGAGUCCUCGACACCGUCGGAUCUCCUCUGUCCAAGGAGACACAUAUAAUGCGGCCAACAAGUCUCCUGCGACGGAGCAAGUAUAUGCAACAACCCUCUUGGGAGAUGACACCACCAGCGCGGGAAGUAGCAGCCCUGUCCAUGGUAGUGGUAGUAGUGGUCAGCCAAGACGUGUAAGCAUCCGAUCACACUCAUGAUGCUAGGCUUAGGGACUGCGGAAGACAGCUCACAUGUUGUACAAAAGGGGCUCAAUGGGAUGGAACAUGGUCUUUUUUCUUGAUAUUUCGGAGUCUGGAUUGCGAUGACGGACUGUACAAUAGCCUUGCCGAGAACUCUUCA